AGAAGCCAUGAGAAUAAGCAUAAUUAGCUCUUUUCGACCAUUCAUGAGUAAGAUCCUCAACUUGGAAGAGACAAAAGAAAACUUACUCGAAGUAAAAAUGGAGGAUAAGAAAAGCAUACCUAAGGAAGAAGAUGUUCAGAAAACCUUCACUUUUGUCAAAACCCUACUAGAUAUUAUCUUAGAAGACAACAGAAUAGUCCCAACUAACUUUAAUAUUGACACCUACAUUCCGAUAUGGAUAUUCUACUUUUCUUUUUUAAAGAUCAAAAAGGGUAACAAAUCCUCCUCAAAAACCCAAAUAAAAUGACAAAGCAAUAACCCCCCAGACCACCCUACCACUCUCAGUGAACAAAUCCUCAAAAACCUCCUCUCCAUGCUCAAGACCCGUUUUUCCCAAAUCCUUGACCCCCAAAUCCUAAAAUCCUACCAAAAGAUAACUAAAUCAGUGCUGGAUUCAUUAAUUCAGCAAAAAUCCUUCCAAAACUCCGCUCAUUACUACCACUUGAUUGAGUGCUGUUACAAUAUAAACGACUAUCUUUUCUUAGCUACAACAAGAGACUUAUUCUCAGAAGGAUUAUCAAAGUAUACUCAUGAUCAUUAUGAGUUUGUAUUUAACCUCUUGGCAAAGAAAUUUCCAUUUACUAAAGCUACGUAUUGAGUGCAGCAUGCAAUGUUCAAAUUCAUGUGUCAGAAUAAGAUGUUUAAAAUUUUAAGUGAGAAUGGAGAUAUGGUUAUGAAUUCUGUGCUAAGCAAGAUUAGUAAAGACGAUACACACUUAGAACUCGCAAUAGAUGUGAUUGCAUUCUUCACAAUUGGGUUCAAAUUCUGCUCAAUUAAAAUCCUAAAGAGAAUGGAAGAUUUCUUUUCUAAAAAUAUCCUGUGCAGAGUUCAAACAGAUGAAGAAGGGAAGCAGCAGACUAAUGCAAUGUAUAUAUUUGGCUUGUACGCUGAUUACAUUGUUCUACUGAAGGCAAUCAUGAUUGUAAACUCAGGAUAUCCUGAUAUUUACAUUCCUCUUACGGAGAAGAUCGAUCAAACCUUUGGAGCCUAUAUUGAUCGAAAAGAAGAAAAAUAUCAAAUUAAUGGAUUUAUUGAGCUAUAUACACUCAAAUUGGAGGAUUUGGAGCAAGAAGAUUUGGAAAUUGAUAACCAGAUCGACCAGAAAGAUGGCUCUGAGUCUGACAAUGGGGAUGUUGAAGAAUCUAAGGUUUCAAAGAAAUCUUAUAAAUUCAAAGGGCUUGUAAAUAUGGGCAAUACUUGAUACAUUAAUAGUUUCAUUCAAGCCUUGUUCUUGACUGAAUGCUUUAGAAAAGCAAUAAUUAAUGAUCUUUCUAUUGGACAAUCUUGGCUGAUUGCUGACACUGAUUCAGAGAGAAUCAUAGACAAAUUAUGAAUAUUAUUUUGCCAAUUAGCCCUCAGUGGGGGAUCCUCAGUAAAACCAAUGGAUCUCAAAUCUUCGUUACCAGAAUCCUUCCAAAAUGAUCAGCAGCAUGACUCAUCAGAAUUUGGUAAGGAAGUAUUAAGCAAGAUGGAUGAAGAACUAAAAGCCCUUGCUAAAGAAGGCCAACUGAAGUAUGAAGAGAAGGAUAAAACAAGCUUAUUUAGGAGCACUGCCUCCAUAACUUCAUUCUUUAACUUCUUCGUAUAUCAGACAGUAAAGUGUGAGGAAUGUAACUCUUGAUCUAUAAAGAAGCACGAAGAGAUAGAUUUUUCGUUGUCUUUAGACUUGAAGGCCGAUUUUUUUAAUUUAGAUGAAGAAGUUUCAGUACAGCACUUACUUCGUAACUACUUCCUAACAGAAGAAUUAAAAAUGAAAUCAAAUAAUCAAUAUUUCUGAAAAUCUUGUCAUAAGUAUGUUAAUAAUGCCAAAUUGAUGAAGAAGGUUAGCAAGGAUCUUCCUCCAAUCAUCAUGGUAACUCUUAACAGAUUUGAUUUCGAUAAUGAGAGGAAGGAAAUGAAGAAGAGACUGGAUCUUAUCAAAUUAUCCCCCUCUAUUACUGUAGUAAAGGAAGAGCUGGUUAAUGAAGAAGAAAUAAAGGAAGAAGAAAAUAAAGCUAAAGAUGUGACAUAUGAUUUAUAUGCAAUUGUGAUUCACUCAGGCCCAAGUGGAGUCGAAGGACAUUAUUACACUAUUGCUCAUGACAAUGUCAACAGUUCAGGAUCGACUGUGUGGAAAAGAUUUGAUGAUGAGAUGGUUUUUGAAGUUGAUGCUGAUUUCAUCGAAACUAUCAACGAAAAGCCCACAUACAAUACUCCUUAUAUCCUAUUUUAUAAAGAAAGAGAGCUAGGUGUCAGAACCAGAGAUUUUUCAGAGCAUUCCAAGAGCCUAUUUGAUAUAAAGGUGAACAACAGGGUUCCUCCCCCUUUGGAGAAGUUCAUCAAAAGUAACAAAAAUUCAAACUCAAAUAGAAGAUGAAUCAGACUUAAUGAACAAUCUAACUCUUAUUUCUCAAGGUUUCAUAAAAGACGUAUCUUUAAUAGAGAUAGUGACCACGAUAGUGAAGAAGAGGAAAAGGAAGAAAAUUUUACUACUGAACAAUUUCUCUUAAACCUCCCUAAGCCUAACCCCAAACCAUAUUCAUCAAAAUUUAUAUAUGGAGUACUGGAAGAUACUCGCCACCCAGAAACUGGGAAGUACUUAAUUGAGGUUAAAUCUCUGGAAGACCCAGAGAUAGUUUUCUGUCCAUAUAAUUAAAAGCGUCCAUAGUAGACUUCCUUGGCCUCGAAUGAGUACUCUACGAAUCGAAGGCUUUGACAUUCCCAAAGAAUUUUUCAUUAAAAUUUGAAAAUCCGGUCGCAAAGUCUCAAACGUCCAUUUCCUCUAUUGAGGACUAAUAUUCUCUCUCGGAGAGGCGCUUGAUUUCACAAUAGAUGAUUCUGAAGACAAACUCGACAGACUUUAUAUAGACCUGCCUUAUUUGUCUUAUUGGAAAAAGAGUGAAGAAUACAGAAGAGGGUUUAAGGAAAUAUACUUAAAGAAACUCUUGAAGAAACAGGCAGAACGUUUUGAUGACUUUUGCUCGAAGAAAGUAGUCUACAUUUUCGACAGGGUUGAUGAAAUCAAUAUUCCCAAGAUUAAAAAGUACAUUAGCAGAUGGUAUGUACUCCCAAUAGCUGAAUUUUCCUUGAGAGACAGACAAAAAGUACCGAGAAACAUUUACAAAAUAGGCCUGCAAGUCCUGGAUUAUGAAGCCAGUAUGAAGAAGACGGGGUUGGUUCAAAGGGAAAAUAAAUAGGAACUUUAAUUUCUGGAAGAAGAGAAAAAUGUUGGACAAUAUAACAGAGGAUAAUACUGCAUACAAGAACAACUCAGUCAGAUGCUAUUCAGGUUCCGAAAGUUCAGAGAGUUCGCUUGACUCAGGCUAUUAUUAAACUUGUAUAUAAUUCAUAUCUGCA